AUGGCCGCGUCCGCGAUGUAUGACACCGUCCACAUAGGUGGCCUCCCGCCAGGCACCAGCGAGGCAGUCAUCAGGGAGAUUUUUGGGCAGUACGCUCCGAUCCAUGCGGCGAAGGUUCUAGAGACAGCGCCUGGCCAGGCUGUGGAAGCGCUGCUGGGAAUCGGCAAGGAGGCAUCCCAGUGGGUUGUGGAGAACCUGAACGGGAACAUUCCACAGGGUUUCCAGACACCUGUGUCGGUGCAGAUGAUGCCGGCCGAGCAGGGCGCACCGCAGGGCGCACUGCAGGGGGCACCACAGGCAGCGUACGGCGCUGGACAAUUCCAGAUGGCGUCAGGGCCUCCACGGGACAACCUCUACAUCAAGGGCCUUCCUGAUGGAUGCACAGAUGACUACAUGAGACAAAUCUUCGGGCAGUACGCCAAUGUGCUGUCGUGCAAAGUGCUUCCAGCUGCUCCUGGAAAGGGAGAUGCUGCCGGCUACAUCCGCUUUGCCUCCGUUGAAGAGGCCAAGUAUAUUUUGGAGACGCUGAAUGGCAACAUCCCUCAGGGGCUGCAGACGCCGCUGUCCAUCAAGUACGCCGGUGAUAGGGCUGGCUCUGGUGGCGCAGACGGCACCGAAGAGGGCGACUGGCAGUGCGAACUUUGCUCCAACAUGAACUUCCGCAGAAGGGACUACUGCAACAUUUGCACCAGUCCUCGGCCACCGCAUUUGGCGCCUCCGCCAAUGCCUGCCAAGGGCAAGGGCAAGGCCAAGGGCCCCGGCGGGUCCGAUCUGCCGCCCAACAUCAACCUCUACGUCAGUGGGUUGCCUAUAGGUGCCACCGAGGAGACUGUGAAAAGCUUCUUCAUUCAGUAUGGUGAGGUCUUUAAUAGCAAGGUGCUGCCCGUCACAGCGGGCAAGAACACUGUAGCAGGUUUUGUACGGAUGGCCGAGUUCGAGGCCAAGUGGUGCCUCGAGAAUCUCAACGGCUUCCAGCCCGAGGGCUUCAGCGUGCCCCUGCAAGUAGCCUUUGCCAAGGACAAGGUCGAGGAUGGGAAGAAGGCGAGGCGCGAUAAACCCAUUGCCAUUUGCUACAAGUGUUGGCCUGGAGAUCGAAUCCGGUUCUGGACUGGUGGAGUGAUCCAUGGGCCGGUGCCGAUGAAGAGGGUCCUGGAGCAGCUGCUGCUGCUGCUGCUGCUGCUGAACACUGCGCAGGCGCUGCUGCCUCUGCCGCGUCGCAGCUUGGCCUUAGGCCCGUUCCUGCUGGCACCGUCGCGACCCUCGCCUGCGCGCAGCGAAGAGGUGGAGUCUGCCGGAGGAAGCGUGGACUCGCCCUGGAACAAGCCUCGGAAAUACAGCGCUCAAGUGCUAGACAAUGGCUUGCGGGUGCUGCUGGUGGAGGAUAGGGCGGCUGAGCAGAUGGAUAUAGCCUUUACUGCUGGCUUUGGCCAGUUUGAUGAUCCAAAGGACCUGCCAGGGUUGGCGCAUUUGACGGAGCAUCUGCUGCUGGGCGGGCCAGGGCCAGCGAACUCCGCACCGCUGGAACAAUGGCUGGAGACGCGGGAAGGCGAAUCCAACGGCUUGACGGGAUUCGAGUCAGCGCUCUUCACAGUGUCCUGCGAUGCGGAGGACUGGGCCGAUGCUUUGCAGCGCUUUGGCCACUGCUUCCGCGCGAGCACUGAUUCCGACCCGCGCUUCACAGCGGAGGCGGUGGAGCGGGAGGUGCUGCGCAUUGACUCCGAGUUCCAGGAUGGGCUGUCUCCGGCGCUGCGGAACCUGCAGUUGCUGCGGCGCCGCAGCCAGGCCGCGCACCCGCUGCGGGCCUUUGGGCCUGGCAGCUUGAAAACCUUGCUGCCACAUGGUCGGAGGAAAGAGCACCUGGAGCGAUUAGCAGCAUUGAGCAAAGAGCUUUUCGACCGCACGGGCGCGCCCUUGGCCACUCUCAGCGUGGUGUGUGCGAAGCCCUUGCCGCAGCUGGCGGCGCAGGUGGCCGCAGCCUUUGGCGGCCUCGCCGCGCCCAGUGCGGCCCUGGAGCGUGAAGCAGCACGCGCGGAUCCAUUGCCCGCUGCUGGUGGGCUCCCGGUCUUUGUCAUUGACACGCCAGAGACACCCGCGCUCAGCUUCACGUGGAGCAUUCCUUUUGGUCAAGACUUGGACCUUGUGGCUUUCAGAGCUUCGAAGCCCCUGGUGGUCCUGUCCCACCUGGUGGCACACCAGGGCCCCGGCUCCUUGUCCUCGUGGCUGCGGCAACAGGGCUUCGUCCCUGACAAUCUUGGGCCGAAGGUCUCCGCUCAGACACCCUUCAGCACCGAUGGCUUCGCCAUUUGGGAGCUGAAGAUCAAGCUCUCCCCGAAGGGCCUCAGCAACUGGCGUGCCAUCGUCACUGCCGUCUUUGGGCUCCUUGCGGCGCUGCGGCGCCGCUACGUCCAGGAUGCGCUGGGUGGUCCCCGUCGGGAUGCACUGCGGGAAGCGGCAGACGAGGUGUCAGAUUUGGCAGACAUCGCAUGGCGCUUCCCGCCGCGGCCACCACUAGCCAGCGAGCUCGCGCUGAACAUGCGCACGGCGCCACGACCUGCUGCGUAUGUCUUUGCUUCUCGUCGCUUUUUCUCUGCUGGUGAGUGGAGCAGCCUGGAGACUGCGCCCAACGCGGACCUCCAGAGCAAGGCUGCCCGCUUUACCAGCGCUGAGGCGCAGGAGGCUGCCGCAGAGGAGGCGAGCAAAGUCCUGAAGCGCCUGGUCCCAGAGCGCGCGCGGCUGACGCUCUUCAGCACUUCGCCCCAGGGUGAGGCCAGGUCUGCGGACUUGGUGCGCUAUGGCGAGCUGCAGGUGGAGCAGCCACUGCAGAAGGAGUGGCUGGCAGCCGGUAUUAAGCCUGCUCUUUGGUGGCUGGCUCCUCCACUGAAUGUCUACCUGUCCCGGGCUGACAAGAUUCAGAAGUCGCCAGCAAUGCCAGACCCUGACAUACCGGAAUCCAUCAAGAGCAAGAAAGGCUUCAAUGGCGUUCUCUGGUCUGAUGCGUGCCGGGCACGCCUCAUUGAGCCGAAAACGGAGCGAUUGGAAACACCCAUUCCGCGGUUCUUGUGGGCUGUUCCCGGGUGCAUCUAUGUGUCUGGCCAGUUCAACGAGCUGGUUGAGCCUUUGGGCAAUGAGCCGAUCGUAACCCUUACGCUAUGGCUGCCUGCCAGAUGCAUCCAAGAAGCAUCCUUACAGUCGAAAGCUGCUGGGCGCAUGUGGCUGAUUUCAUUGCAAUGUGCUCUCGAGAGCCCGUUCUUUGGUGCAGCGCUUGCAGGAUGUCGAUGGGAGAGUGCCUUUUUUGCCUCGUCGUCCGAAGCAGGAAUGCGACUGUGCUUUCAAGGCUUCUGUGACAACUUGCCUUCCUUUGCCACGGACGUGGCUGCUGCUAUAGGCGCGCAUUCGGGCCCUACAAAUGGUGAUGAGCUGGAGUUAGUGCGGCGGUUGGCGCUGGCAGAGCUUCAGACUGGCAAGACCCGCAGGGACGGCGCCUCUGACUUGCGAUCCUGCUUGCAGCAAAUCAAGAUCGGCGACAUCCAGAAGGAGGCCAAGGCCCUAUGGAGAAGCGCUGCAGAGUCCGCACCCAUCAGCCAGGCCCUGGUCGCUGGAGCCAUCUCGCAGGAGCAGAGCGCCGAGCUCGUGGAGAAGGUGGCAGCGCAGCUGCCACUUGGCCGUGGAGCUAUGGCAGAUGUGAGCGUGGAGCCAGGGCAGCGCCCAGCGGCGGUGCUGACCCGUAGGCCAUCCUGGCAAGGACCAGUGGCGCAGAGCCUUUGCCGCGCCUCUGGACUCCCUGCCCUGCUUGACGUGUGUGGCCGCACCCUCCGCUGAAGCCGCACGAGCAUCUUGGAGUCUUGGAGCAUCCUGCAGCUGACCUGACUGGACAUGGAGCUGAACGCCCUGACGGCAUUCCUGCGCUGCUGCGGGAACGUGACUGUGGGGCUUGCAAACCGAGGCCAAGGAGAAGGCGAGAUCUCCAAGAGCAGUUUGCAGCUGCGCACAUGCGUAUUUCAGCGCAUGGAGAG